AUGGAAGGCCCCUCCAACGAUCGGCUUACUUUUGGGAAGAUGGGUUAUGGAUGCAAGCAUUACAGAAGAAGAUGCAAGAUUCGAGCUCCUUGCUGUAAUGAAGUCUAUGAUUGUCGCCACUGUCACAAUGAAGCCACGAAUUUGCUGCGAAACAUUUUUGAUCGGCAUGAAUUGGUGCGGUCUGAUGUAAAACAAGUUAUCUGUUCAGUUUGUGAUGCGGAGCAGCCUGUUGCUCGUGUUUGUACGAAUUGCGGUGUCAAUAUGGGAGAAUACUUUUGUGACGUGUGCAAAUUCUACGAUGAUGAUAUUGACAAAGGACAGUUUCAUUGUGAUGAUUGUGGGAUCUGCAGAGUUGGUGGCCGUGAGAAAUUCUUCCAUUGCAAGAAAUGUGGCUCUUGUUAUUCAGUUAGUUUGCAUAACAAUCAUUCAUGUGUGGAAAACUCCAUGCGACAUCACUGUCCUAUAUGUUACGAGUAUCUCUUCGACUCUUUGAAAGAUACAAUCGUUAUGAAAUGUGGACACACCAUGCAUUGCGAGUGUUACCACGAGAUGAUAAAGCGUGAAAAGUACUGCUGCCCAAUAUGCUCUAAAUCGACCAUCGACAUGUCCGUAACCUGGAAGAGAAUAGAUGAAGAGAUAGAAGCGACUGUCAUGCCUGAUGAGUACAGAUAUAAGAAGAUUUGGAUUCUGUGCAACGAUUGCAAUGACACGACCGAGGUUUACUUCCAUGUAAUUGGUCAGAAAUGCAGCCAUUGUGAAUCGUACAAUACUCGGACAAUUGCACCUCCUGUUCUUCCUCAAUGA